AUCAUGAUCAUUGAUCAAUAACAGUUUAAGUUAUUCAAUUUCUUAUUUCUGUUCAUACAAUAUUAUUAUGUUUUUAACCGACAAGCAACGGAUGGUUGCGUCAAAACGCUAAGGGUUGAUGUUGGUGUUGAAGUGGAGCUCCUUCAUUUUAGGAACAAACAGAGGACGAUACACAAUCAGACUCCGUUUCUUCCCUUAUUUAACGUAACCACUAAUUCUAUUUUCUUGUUUAUUUACAAGAACAACGUAAGAAGAAAUACAAAAAAGUUCAAAACUAAAAGACAGAAAAAAAAACAAAAAAAAAUAAUUACAGAAGAAGAAUGCGUACCUUCAUUGAAAUCCUUUUAGCAGUCUUCAUACCUCCUCUUGGUGUAUUCCUCAGAUUUGGCUGUGGGUUGGAAUUUUGGCUCUGUUUGCUUCUAACGUUCUUGGGUUUUGUCCCUGGACUGAUAUAUGCAAUCUAUGCUCUCACCAAGUAGGAACAACCAAACAAAAACACUGGAAUCGUUUUUAUUUUGAUAAUUUGUUGUUUUUUCAACAAUGUUUCUUUCAGACUUUUUAUGUUGUGUUUAUGGAUUCAGUUUUGUAAUCUUUGAUUUUUUUUGUAAUCUAGCAAACUUUUUGCUAUGUUAGAUAUGUAAAUUCCAGGAGUUUCCAAAAUGUUAUGGUUCUAGUUUGAGCAAUGAGGUUUGAAACAUUUUAUGGAUCAUAAACGGAUUUGGUAGAUUGAUGAUAUUA